AUGAAUUUACUUCUCUAUGCGCUAUUCGGAACAUGCACCGGAGCUUAUGGCUUGACAACGAGCUCGCAACUUGUCAAGCGCGAUGAUGCGGGACUUUCCAUUCCAAAAUAUCGUAUAUCGCCCAUCGACGGCUCCAAAAUCGCACUGCCAACAAAGGAACAACUCGCAUGGCAGGACAACGAGAUUGGCGUGAUUAUCCAUUUCGAAAUCGCUACCUACCUCAGCGUCGAUGGCUGCAAUAACAUCCCAAAUCUUCUGCCGAAUCAAUCUUUGUUUGAUCCCACCUUGUUGAACACGGACCAAUGGGUGGAUACAAUCAAGUCACUGGGCGCAAAAUAUGCCACUCUAGUUGCAAAGCACAAUUGUGGAUUCACAACAUGGCCGAGUGAAGUAACCAUCGAGACGCGAGAUAACGAGACAAUCCCGUACAACUAUACUAUUGCUCAGUCUCCGGUCCAUGGAAAGGAUGUUGUGAAGAGCUUUGUCGAGUCGGCUGACAAAGGCAAUAUUGGUCAUGGAUUCUACUACAGUCUAAUGUGGAACAAUUUCUUGAACGUGCAAAGUGGCGAUGUGAUCACUAGCUCUUGGACCCCUGGCCAAGUUAACAUCACCAACUCAACCUACAAUCAAGUCGUGCUGGAUCAAUUGACGGAGUUAUGGACGCAGCAUGGGAACUUAACCGAGAUCUGGUUCGAUGGUGGAUACACCGAGUCGCAACAGGCAAACAUUCAGAAUCUCAUAGAGACUCAUCAAUCCGGGGCAGUUGUCUUCAACGGAUGUCAGACGAAUGGAACGUGCAUUUCUGCAAAUCCUGUACGCUGGAUUGGCACAGAGGACGGAGCGGCCCCCGAAGAAACCUGGUCAAGUGGUGUGACCAACGAUGGGGGAGAUCCCCAGAGUCCCUUUUUCUGCCCAGCAGAAUGUGAUACAACACUACAAACUGGAGAUCGUUGGUUUUAUGGAGUCAACCAGACUCUGCGCUCACUCGAGGAAAUGAAAGACGUCUACCACAAAACCGUCGGUCACAACUGUGUCCUUGAAUUGGAUCUUGCACCUGACCGCAGUGGCCUCAUCCCCUCUAACCAAGUUGCUCGGUAUAAAGAGCUGGGAGACUUUAUCAAGUCCUGUUACGGAAAUCCUCUCGCCCACGAGAUGACUCGGAAUGACAAGGGCGUCUAUUCAUUUUCUUUCAAGAAGCCCACAUCAAUUGAUCGUAUCGUGCUCAUGGAGGACCAGACAAAUGGCCAGGUCAUUCGGUCCUACCAAGUCUUUGCCAAGAUCGCGGGUUCCCAAGCAUCCCAUGGCGAUGUGCCUUAUACUCUCAUCUCCAAUGGUACCAGCGUGGGCCACAAGAAGAUUGAUCUCCUCGAGAACGCUAUCUCUGUUACCGAUGUUCUCGUCAACUCUACCUACGUGGAUACACCUAAGUGGCGGUCAGUCUCAGUCCAUCUGUGUGACCAAUAA